AUGUCAGGCGGCGGUCUUGCCGGAAACGGUUCUCUCGACGAUGAGCUAGCGAGGAGCCACGUGGUGCGGCUGCGCGGGCUGCCGUUCAGCGCGACGGAGUCGGACAUUAAAGCCUUCUUCGAUGGGCUCGACAUCGCGCCCGACGGCAUCGUGCUGCAGCUCAACUACCAAGGUCGAGCGACGGGCCAGGCGUUCGUUCGCUUCGCCGACGCCGAGAAUGCGACCAAGGCCCUCGAGCGCAACAGGCAGCACAUCGGGUCGCGCUAUAUCGAGGUUUUCAAGGGGCAUGCAGCAGACAUGGAGGGGGCUUUAAGGAUGGCGGGCAGGGGCGGUGCUGCUGGUGCUGGUCCGGGGGCGGGGGCGCUCGGUAUGGGCAUGGGCGGCAUGGGCGGCAAUAUGGCGGCGGCAACAUCUGGGCUGCUUGCGGGUGCUGCUGCGGGGGCUGGGGUGCCAGGAAUGGCGGGCAACACGGACAUGCGCUACAGCGGCGUCAUCCGCAUGCGCGGCAUGCCCUAUAGCGCGACGUCAGCGGACAUAGCGGCGUUCUUCAAGGGCAUGCAGAUCGCGCACGACGGCAUCUUCCUCUGCUCGCACCCCGACGGCCGCGCCACUGGCGAGGCAUUUGUGGAGUUCGCGAACGAGGAGACGGCAGCGAGGGCGCUGCAGCUGCACCGGGAACCCAUGGGCCAUCGGUAUGUGGAGCUGUUCCGCAGCACCAAGGGGGAGAUGAUGGCGGCGGUGCAGCAGCGCAUGUACUCCAUGUUCCCGCCCGUCCCCGCCUUCAUGGGCCCCGUACCGGGAAUGAUGGGCUUCGGCAUGCCAAGCUUAGGCGCAGCCAACCUUGCCGCCAUGCACAUGGGCGCGGGCGGAAUGGGCGCAGGGGGGAUGGGGGGCGGAGGCAUGGGGGGACCAGGCGGCCCUGGGGGCGGAAUGGGCGCAGCACAGGCAGCAGCAGCGGCAUCAGAAAACGUGUGCAUAAAGAUGCGCGGGUUACCCUUCAGUGCAGGCCAGGAGGAUAUCCUGGCGUUUUUCGAGGGGUAUGAAGUGGUGGGGAACGGUGUGCACAUCAUGACGGGGCACAACGACCGGCCGACAGGAGAGGCGUUUGUGGAGUUUGCCUCGUCGGAGGAGGCGGGGCGGGCCAUGGAGCGCCACCGGCAGCACAUGGGCAAUCGUUACAUCGAGCUCUUCCGUGUCUCCAAGAGUGAGGCGCUGGUGGCGGUGCAAGGGGGGUCGUUGGCGGGGUUCAACAUGGCGGGGGCACUGGAUCCCAACAUGCAGCUGCUGCUGCUGCAACAACAGGGAGGGGGAGGAGGGGGUCAGGGCUUUGACCCCUCACACCAGAACUAG